GGACAGUGCAUCGUCGCCGCCGCAGCCUGUCCCAGCGUCCGCGCCACCGCCGCCGCGUCCACCGUCAGCGCCACCGCCAUGCGAGAGAUCGUGCACCUGCAGGCCGGCCAGUGCGGCAACCAGAUCGGAGCCAAGUUUUGGGAGGUGAUCAGUGAUGAACAUGGCAUCGACCCCACCGGCACGUACCAUGGGGACAGUGACCUGCAACUGGAGAGGAUCAACGUUUACUACAACGAGGCCACAGGAGGAAAUUAUGUCCCCAGAGCGGUGCUGGUGGACCUGGAGCCUGGCACCAUGGACUCGGUCCGCUCUGGCCCCUUCGGCCAGAUCUUUCGGCCUGACAACUUCGUCUUUGGCCAAUCCGGAGCCGGCAACAACUGGGCCAAGGGGCACUACACGGAGGGCGCGGAGCUGGUGGACGCCGUCCUGGACGUGGUGCGCAAGGAGGCCGAGAGCUGCGACUGCCUGCAGGGCUUCCAGCUGACGCACUCGCUGGGCGGGGGCACUGGCUCGGGCAUGGGCACGCUGCUCAUCAGCAAGAUCCGGGAGGAGUUUCCGGACAGGAUCAUGAACACCUUCAGCGUGGUGCCCUCGCCCAAGGUGUCGGACACGGUGGUGGAGCCCUACAACGCCACCCUGUCCGUGCACCAGCUGGUGGAGAACACGGACGAGACCUACUGCAUCGACAACGAGGCCCUGUACGACAUCUGCUUCCGCACCCUUAAGCUGACCACCCCCACCUACGGGGACCUCAACCACCUGGUGUCGGCCACCAUGAGCGGGGUCACCACGUGCCUGCGCUUCCCGGGCCAGCUGAACGCCGACCCGCGCAAGCUGGCCGUGAACAUGGUGCCCUUCCCGCGCCUGCACUUCUUCAUGCCCGGCUUCGCGCCGCUCACCAGCCGCGGCAGCCAGCAGUACCGCGCGCUCACGGUGCCCGAGCUCACGCAGCAGAUGUUCGACGCCAAGAACAUGAUGGCCGCCUGCGACCCGCGCCACGGCCGCUACCUGACGGUGGCCGCCGUGUUCCGGGGCCGCAUGUCCAUGAAGGAGGUGGACGAGCAGAUGCUGAGCGUGCAGAGCAAGAACAGCAGCUACUUCGUGGAGUGGAUCCCCAACAACGUGAAGACGGCCGUGUGCGACAUCCCGCCGCGCGGCCUCAAGAUGGCGGCCACCUUCAUCGGCAACAGCACGGCCAUCCAGGAGCUGUUCAAGCGCAUCUCGGAGCAGUUCACCGCCAUGUUCCGGCGCAAGGCCUUCCUGCACUGGUACACGGGCGAGGGCAUGGACGAGAUGGAGUUCACCGAGGCCGAGAGCAACAUGAACGACCUGGUGUCCGAGUACCAGCAGUACCAGGACGCCACGGCCGAGGAGGGCGAGUUCGAGGAGGAGGCCGAGGAGGAGGUGGCCUAGGCCCCCGUGCGGCUCCGCGGCUGCCCCUGGCUCGCCUCUGACCUCCGACCCCUGGAACCCCGCUUCCCCUGCAAGGCUGACGCACCUCUGACCUCCCGACCCCAUGAACGUCACUGGGCCCCGCCCCUGACGAUACCCUUGGAGCCCACGUCACCUCUGCCCACUUCUUCCCUGACCUGCCUUUGGCCUUCGAGCUCUUUCAACUUUGACACGCUCAGGAGCCCUGCUUCACCCCUUCCGACCCCACAAACCCCACUUUUAAUUCCACCCUGGAGCCCUCUUUCACCCGUCAUGAACCCCAUUUCCCCUCUAGAUCUCCAAGCCCUGGUUGACUUUUGACCCCUCCCUCUGAGCCUCACUUCACUUCUGACCUUGCCUCACCUUUGACCCCAUGGCCCCAGCUCCCCUGUGACCCCACCUGCUCUCUGGCUCCCAUAAGACCCCACUUCCUCCCUGACCUCACUCCACCCAGCUCCUGCCCGCCUUGGCUCACCUGGGAUGGGGGCGCGCUGUUGCUGGGAGAGAAACAAGGCCUGGAGCCUGUGAGGAAGAGCGAUUGUGCCCUCCGCCCCCCAUCCUCCUCUCCCCUGCCUCACCCUCGAUAAAUAAAUUAAUUGUUGUCCUAGCA